CUAAGGCACCUGCGACGGGCCGCGGAGCGGCGGGGGAGCGGAGCGGCCCGGGGACCCUCGCCGCCUCUCCAAAAGACGAUUUCCGGCCUGGUUCCAGAGUUUCCCGCCUCAGCCCCGAGGAGGGAAGCAGCUAUUCUCCGCUCUUUUUCAGCGUUCCCGGUCUUUCCCGCUUCUCUCCCCAGUAUGGCCCGAAACGACUGGACGAGAGCCUCCUCUGGCUCGGCCUUCCGAGCCGCGGGCUGGAGGGAUUCCGCCUGAAGAACGACUCGCCCGUUGCCCGGGACCCAGCCGCCACAGGCAUCUGGAAUUAGGCUGCCGCUCCUAUGGAGAGAGGGCUCAGAACGCCCCAGUUAGGUAGGCAGUCCUUGUCUCACUUUCCAGGCCAAGACUCACCCUUGCACAGACGGCGGCACCUGACGGUCCAGGCCGUUACAAGGUCCACGAGGCCACGGCUCCCCCGGUUUGAGGCCUGAGAACAAAGAACUGCCAUUUUUGGCUUCCACUUUAAUUCCCGAUGAAGCUCUGGAGACCCUUUGUAUCCUCAACUUCAGACGUCAUCAAUAUGAGUAUCAGAUGAUAAUUAAAAUUCUAUAUAUCAUCCACCGAAACUGUUGAUAUGAAAAUGAUGAGACUCUGGAAAACUUAGCAAGAAAGAAGAAAAAUUAAAAAAAUAUAGUUUUGCUGUUAAAAAAACAAAAGUGAAGGGAAAAGUUCAGUUCAAAGACGUACUUCACCAUCUCAAGAAAGAAGGGAUUGAACCCCUUGCUACUGCAGAAGAACAACUGUCUUUUAUCUGGUGCUUAUUCUAGCACGGUGAAGACAGGCUGAGGGCUGCUACCAGAAAUCUAGAAGAGCUUUCGGUGAAGCACAUGGAAGAAAUGAAAGAAGUGGAAAAUUGUGCAAACCAUGUGUGUAACUUAACAGAAGAAAGAGAAGGAUUUUCUAGUGGUUAUGAAAAGGAAAAUGAACAGCUUAGACAUGAGUUUAAAGGGCUCCAAGUCAAACAGGAAGCAAAAAUAAAGGAGGUUGAAGAAAUGUUGUAUCAAGAAGGCUUAUCUGAUAUAGCUCUGAGCAGCCCCAGUGAACAGACUGCGUACUUACUGGUGGAAAGAAGUGCACUCUUGAGGAAACUGGAACUUGGGGGCCCCAAGGCAGAGUCACAAAGAUGUAUGAGCAGUAACCUACUGAACGAAUUUCCCCAGGAGAAAUUUGAACAAAUCAACCAACCUCUGCAAAGAGAACAUCAGAAACAUCAGGAACCUGUGCAUCUGUCUAAAGAACAUCUGAGUGAGUCCCAUAAUGAAGACCUGGAAAAAGAGAAAGUAUCACAAAACUGCCUAGAGAGAGAUGUGGAACAAGAAGCAAAGAAGCUGGAAAUGGCCCAUGAAGAGAUCCGAAGGCUCGCUGAUGAGCUACAAGGGAAGGAGAAAGAACAGAGUAAAUUAGAUUCUGCACUUGAGAAGGCUCAACUAGAAAUUGAGAAAUUGAAAGGACAUUUGAUAAAGCUGAAAGAAAAUGGUUCAAUUGACUUACAGAAAGCAAAGGAACAUAAUAAGAGACUGGAUGAGGAAAUCCUGGCUUUAAGGAAUCGCGUUCGAUCACUUGACUCAGAAAAGAAAGAGCUUGGAGAAGUGGUCGAAAGACUUAAAGGAGAGAUUGGUGAAUCUCCAGAGAAUAAGCAACUUGGAAACCUCUCCCCUGGAAAAACUGUGGGUGCUGAACAGAGAACACAGAUAUUGAAAAUGAGCCAAGAAAAAAUUGAAAUAUUUGAAAGAGAGUUGUCAGAAGAAGGAGAAAGGAGAAAGCAAUUGACAUCUGAUCUUAAUACUGUACAGAAGGCUUUGAAAGUUGACAGUGAGGAAUUACAAAAAUCAAAAUCAGAACUUAUAUGCCUUUAUCAUGAAAUUCAAAGUCUUCCAGGGGCAGCAGAAGACAGAGACCAUUUUUUAAUAGCAUAUGACCUGCUACAAAGAGAGAAUUCUGAAUUAAAAACGAAGGAUCCAUCACCUGGAGAAAAACUGAAAUACCAGCAGCAAGAGGAACUACAACAACUUCGCCAGAAUUUGCACCGGCUCCAGAUUCUUUGCAACUCAGCUGAGAAAGAGCUUCGCUAUGAGCGAGGAAAGAACUUGGACUUAAAGCAACAUAAUAGCUUACUUCACGAAGAAAGCGUUAAGAUCAAAAUGGAACUAAAGCAGGCCCAGCAGAAGUUGUUAGACAGUGCAAAGAUGUGCUCAUCACUCACGGCAGAGUGGAAGCACUGUCAGCAGAAAAUCAGAGAACUGGAGCUGGAAGUACUUAACCAGGCUCAGAGCAUUAAAUCACAGAACAACCUACAGGAAAAGCUGGCUCAGGAGAAAUCCAAAGUUGCUGAUGCAGAGGACAAGAUCUUGGAUCUGCAGCAGAAAUUAAAGCAUGCUCAAAAAGUCUGUGUCACAGACACUUGUAUUUUGGGGAAGAAGCAACAAGAAGAAAGGAUAAAAGAAGCAAUGGAAAAUGAAGCUAAAAUAAAGCAACAAUACGAGGAAGAGCAGCAGAAGAGGAAACUCCUGGAUCAGAAUAUAAGUGAGCUACAAAAGCAAGUGAAACUCUUACAGGAUAAAGAGAAUCAACUGGAAAUGACCAGUUCUCAGCAACAAAUCAGAAUUCAACAACAAGAGACCCAACUUAAACAAUUGGAAAAUGAAAACAGAAAAUCUGAUGAGCAUCUCAAGAGCAACCAGGAGUUGUCGGAGAAGCUGUCUGGGUUGCAGCAAGAGAAAGAAGCUCUGUGUGAAGAAUACGGGCAGUUUCUGAAGCAGCUUGAUGUGCAUGUGAGAAACUAUAAUGAGAAACAUCAGCACUACAAAGCCAAGCUUCGGAGAGUCAAGGAUCGUUUAGUGCAUGAAGUAGGACUACGAGAUGAGAGAAUCAAACAACUUGAAAAUGAAAUUGGAACGCUGCAGCAACAAGUGAAAAUGGAGAAGACAUUCCAGGACCAGAUCACUGCCCAAAAUAAUAUCCUGCUCCUAGAAAAUAGGAAACUUCUUGAGCAACUCACAGAGCAAGAAGAACUGAUCCACAGCAACAAAUGGAUAAUGUCUUCAGUCCAGAGCAGAGUACUUGUGCUGGAUAAAGAAAAUAAGCAAUUACAGGAAAACAGUCUCCGGCUCACACAGCAAGUUGGCCUCUUAGAGCGCAUUAUAAGGAGCGUCCAGAUUCGCAGAGGAGAGGAAACAACAAUUAGUGACAUCCCUGAAUUUGAAGCAUUGAACAAAAUCUUGCCCUUACCAAACUCCAGUUUUUCAGAAACAGGUUUGGUAGAGUCAGUUGGAAGUCUUCAGGAGACUGAAGAGCACGAGUCAGAAGAAGCCAUGGCAAACCCCAAGGCUCUCGAGCCUCUUUCAUGUUCACAGAAUUCCAAAGCUGGACCCAUAAACGUGGCUUCUCUGAAAGAGAGACGAUGUAUGCAAGAACAGGACCAAAAGUCAGAACUAUAAAAUCAGUGGUUUCUAAAACUAGACUGAUCAAAGCUGCUAGCUGACAGCUUGGAUGUGAAGGUGGAACGUGAUAUGGAGAAGAGUCAUCACAGAUCCCCACUGGGCAUCAACCAGGAGUCUUCAAAACUGCUGAUAAAUUCAUUAAACCAGUUCUAAAAGUGGAUUUCUCAAGUUUGUUUGAUAUCCUCAAAUGCCUUGUAUUGAUCAAUGUCAUAACAAGUUCAAUGGCUUAAUUAGGUUCCUGCUCAGCAGAACACAUAUAUGGCUAAUUCAGCAUACUUUACCAUUAUUGUGAGUAGUUUCUUAUUUAUUUUUUAAAAGUAAAAUAAAACAAAUACUUUAAAAAGGAAAAACAACACUUCCUAUAAUCCCACAUUCUUAACACAACUAUUUUCAUUUUAGAGUUAUUUCCUUCCGGUUCUGAUUCAAAUGCAUGAAUUUUAAAUGGUUAUCAUACUACAUAUUCAUUUUCAUAGUCUGAUUUUUAAUUUAAUAUACCAUAAAACAUUUUCUCAUAUUUCAAUAGUCUUCAUAACUAUUGUUUCAUAGCCACCUGAUAUUCUAUCAUGUUGAUGUUGUAUAAAUUUUCUUGUUGACAUUUAACUUGUUUCUACUUUUUCACUAUUUAAGAUUAUGCUGUGGUGAAAGUCUUUGUGAAUGUAGCUCUUUUCUUCUCUUGAAUUAUCCUAGAAAACAAAUUCACAAGAUUGGGUCAAAGGAUAUAGAUGUUAUAUAGUUUUGGUAUGUCAUUUAUUGAAUUACUUUAAAAAAAAAGUUGUGCAUACUGUUUCCAUAGUCAAGUUAUUCAACCUCUUUAGGCCUCAAUUUCUUGAUCCAGAAAAUGGGAACAAUAAUAGUUCCUAUCCCUUGGGGUCAUGAGGACCAAAUGAAAUGAAG